AUGGCGAGAGCCAAGCUAGGUGCCAAGUCCAUCCGUGGCCAAAUAUCUGCACCCAUCCCGGUUCCCGACUCGUACGAGGAACAUGUAGAGCCCACGCAGCUACACCAGUCUCGUGAAGCGGCUCAACAACUUGGCAGCAGAAGCAAACCCCAGAACCAAAACACCAAGACCGCCGAUGACUCUACUGUUCUAUCCAAAGUACAGUCUGGAGCCCAGAGGGUGACUAUCGAUAAAGCUGCGGAUCGCAGCCCUACACCUGAAGCUGGCAAACGUCUUUCCAAAUCACUGGCAAAAGAGGCCCCGGUUCGCAAAAGGUCACCAAUCCGCAAUGUACUGGGGCGUCUCUUCGGUAGACGAAAGAAGACACCUAGUCAGCUCACAACGGCGUCGGAGCCUGUCCACCGUUCUAGUGCCCCUCCGCAACAAGUGGGUAAAAAUGAAAAGGACGAUCCACCACGAGGCUCCGGAGCCAGCCGAUCGACUUCUCUGCCGGUUACCGAAUAUGACAGAGCUCUUCGUUCCCAUUCCAUCGGCCUCGAUGAUGUCAUUGCUAUCCAAAGCGCACGAAACUCUGUCGCCAUGGAUCAGACUCACACUAAAAAACGAAGCGGCGGUAACACCAGUCCUUAUCCGUUGGGGGCUCGUUAUAUCGGCGACGGGAAGCUGGCUGGCCUCUGCCCACGGCCCGCAAGCGUCAAUGACAGGGAUCUUCACAGCUCAGCAGUCUUGAGCGAUGACCCUGACGAGAUCGGACGUGCCAUCACCAGUGACGCGGGUGGGCUGAAGCGCCGUUCCAGAAGCAUGUCCGCAAUGUCUUUCUUCGAAGCCAACCAAGAGGAGAACCGUCGACGAAGCCAAGAGAUGAGGGACCUGCGGGAUAGCUGCUACGUCGAGGAUGCUCUUUCGCCGCUGUCUUCCGAAUUCCCUGAGGACGAUGCCUUGGCUACGUUCAAUCUUGAUCUGCCGAAUCCACCACGCCCAUCUGCUCCCGAACCGACUACACCAGGACCGUUCAUGUUUGGCAAUCUCAUCUCCGAGGAGGAAGCCGCCAACAGACAGCAAGUGGAGGAGGUCACGCUCAACUCGAGGGUCAAUGGCAUCGAGAAUAGGCUGCAUGUUCUGGAGGACUCUGUGUCCUUGCUCAGAUACAAGGCGAACCCGUACGGAAACGUGGGCUGGAAACCUAGCGAUGCGGCACUGCCGGCCGGAUUGGGCAUUCAAACUUCAUAUUCAUACCCGACUACCAGAAAUCCUCACCACAGCCUCUCCAUGGGAAUAGCGCCGACAUCCACGCGCCCUUCCACGGGCCAUUCUGAUGACGUCUUCACGGAGUCUCCCUCUCACAACGGCGGCAAACACAGCAGCAGCUACACUACCCAGCAGCCCGCGCUUCCCAAGGCCGCCCGUCCAACUUCCGAGGACACUCUUCUCGGUCAAAACAGCCAGAAAGCUCCCUCGCAGCGUCAUGGCUCGUCUCUCAGCGAGGAGCAGUACACAGCCAUCCUCGGCCUCCUCGAGACGGAGCGCUCUGCGCGGGUCCUGCUCGAGGCCCAGGUGCAGCAGCUCACGCGGCAGCUCAACAUGCUCCUCAGCAAUCAGCGGCGAUCCGACCACAAGUCUUCCGCACCGCCAGCGCCCGUGUCGGUGUUUGAGUACGACGCCGACGAGAGCGAAUCCAUGGGCAGCAGCAGCGCGCGCUACAACGUCUGGCACCCGCAGCCGGGGUACUCGCUCGACGACUCGGGCAUCGACCCGGGCAUGGCGCAGCACGCCGCGGCCGCGACGGGCCAUGCGUACGACGAUGAUGACACCGAGUCGGCCUCGCAGGUAUACGCGACGCCGAACGAGGAAACGCAUGCGGCGUCGACGGGGGCGUUUGGCGUGUACCCCGACGCGGAGCAGCAGGAGGAGAGCGGUUCGAGGCCGAGGACCCUGUCGCUGUCGAGAAUGACGAUGGGUCAUAUUCCGACGGCGGUCAUGUAA